AUGUUCACCAGUGAUGUCAAUCUACAAAUGCGAACAACUGGCACAUCCUCUCACCAAUCGGAGGCUAUAUCCGAUCAGAUUGCAACGAGUCAGGCAUAUCCACUAUGUGCUGGGAUGCAAGGGGCCGCCGAUCUCUAUCGGCAGAGCGAUGGAAUGGCUGGUCAACGUCCAUCUGCCCGUGUCGAUCCAGGUCCGUCCAGCCGUCCAGGAGCCCAACCUCAGUUGCAAGCCAUGCGGUAUAAUGUGGCUUCUCCGUUUGCGAUCCGCAUGCUCCGGAAGUACAUCCAUUCCGUGUAG